ACGGCGCUGAACUCCAUGACAGGUAAGUGUGAUAAUAUUUAAAGUCAGCAGCUGCAGUAUUUGUAGCUGCUGGCUUUUUAAUAUUUUUUUUUUCGGUGGACAUCUGCUUUAAGUUUAGAUCUUCUUGUACUGCUUUGCGACUAACUGGCUUGUCUAUAGAAGUGGGGGGGAGUUUAUACCAGCUACGGCUGCCCAUUGGCGGUGCGGUGUUCUUUUCUGCCUAGUGUCCUAAUCUUUUAGGUGGCGCUGUAAAACCUAUUGCCAAGAAUAGAACUCUGGGAUUUUUUCCCUUUAUGAUCAUUUUGUUUGUGUGGUUUUUUUUUUCACACAUUUUUAUGUGCUUCUCGGGGAAGUUGUGGUCCUAAAAUGUCUUUGAAGGGCCAUUUUGGAUAAAUUAAGCAUAUAAAUUGACACAGGUUUAAAAGGAGAGCUCAUUUCUGUGAGCUGUGAAUCGCACCACGAAAAGGCUACUUCUGUUGUGGUCAGGAGAGAAGUGCACUCUUCCAAAUAUCUAAAGAUUAAGCUCUAAUUUUCUUUAAAAGUACAACACACUGUGGUCUCUGGUGGGACUAUUAUGCUCGGGAUUUAAGUGUGGGGACAAAUGUUUUGGUUUCUCUUUGUUCUGAUUGGUGUCUGAGGCAGCCUGUCAGGUCAAGUAGGAGCAUGUCGGAGGUACAACACUCUAUGGUAGGUGCUGAGGGACUUCACAGAGCUGAAGACAACACACAGCAUGGGAUUUUCCUGCUAGUAGAUGUUAAAGCCGUCUUGUGUAUUUCAACACCUCAACGUAAAUUUCACCAUUGCUGCUUUUUUUUUUUUGUGCUGGCUUAGUUUCUCAUUAGUUCAUUCCUAUUUAAAUCUGUGUUACUAAUUUUGCUUCAGUAGAUUUUUAUCAAAUUGAUUGGCUUUUAAACAUUUCUUGACUGUAAGUAGCAGCUUUGCUUGAUCCCGAGUCUACUCGUGUAGUGCAUGAGCUGCUCUCCUGAAGGUUGCCUUUAAGCCUUCAAAAGAAUUUAGGGACGCAUAUUUGAGAAGGUAUGAUCUUUCUUGUGCAUUACUUGAGCUCACAGAGGCAGGAUACAAUGAGCUCCAGAAAUGAAACCUGUUGGCUUUAUGUAUGAAGAGCGGCUGGCUUCUUUUCCUGCGAACUAGAGAUGAUUCAGGUUUUGCAGAUUGUGAAAGAACUGGUCUCACCUUCAAGGCGCAGGGCAGCGACAGCACACAAAGAUCCAGACUCUGAGGAAGAAGCGGCCAUUAAAUCUGCACAAGAACGAGCUGAUAUAGUUGCCAAAUAUGACAAGGGCCGAGAAGGUGCAACGAUCGAACCUUGGGAGGAUGCUGAUUAUCUCGUCUACAAGGUCACAGACAGAUUUGGCUUUUUGCAUGAAGAAGAACUACCAUUUCACGAUGAAGCAAUAGAAAAGCAAAAAUUUUUAGAAAUUGAAAGGAUCUCCAAAUGGCUGAAAAUGCUGAAGAGCUGGGAUAAGUACAAGAACUCUGAAAAGCUGCACAGAAGAAUUUACAAAGGCAUUCCCCUUCAGCUCAGAGGUCAAGUCUGGUCACUAAUCCUAGAUGUACCGAAACUGAAAGAUGAGAGAAAAGACCUUUAUCUGAUUCUCAAACUGAAAGCAAGACGUUUGUCACCUGACAUCAGACAGAUUGACCUGGAUGUUAACCGAACAUUUCGAGAUCACAUUAUGUUCAGAGAUCGAUACGGAGUAAAACAGCAGGCUUUAUUCCAUGUAUUAGCUGCAUAUUCAUUAUACAACACGGAGGUUGGAUACUGUCAGGGGAUGAGCCAGAUAACCGCUCUGCUCCUUAUGUAUAUGAAUGAAGAAGAUGCAUUUUGGGCGCUUGUGCGACUUUUCUCGGACUCUAGACAUGCAAUGCACGGGUUUUUCAUCCCUGGCUUUCCAAAGCUUCUCAGAUUCCAAGAACAUCAUGACAAAAUCGUGAAAAAAUAUAUGCCGAAACUUAAACAGCACUUUGAAACUCAGGAACUGUACACAAGUCUGUAUACUAUGAAAUGGUUUUUCCAGUGCUUCCUAGACCGGACACCUUUUACGUUAAAUCUAAGAAUAUGGGAUGUAUACAUACUUGAAGGUGACCGGAUUCUAACUGCAAUGUCUUAUACAGUUUUGAAACUUCAUAAAAAAUACCUAAUGAAGCUGACUAUGGAAGAUCUAAUUGAGUUCCUGCAGGAGAACCUAGCCAAGAAUUUUGGUUAUGAGGAUGACUAUGUUAUUGAACAACUUCAGAUUUCAAUGGGGGAGCUGAAAAGAGGAAAGCUGGAUCUCCCUCCUCCAGGUAAAGAGGAAGAAUUACCCAAAAAGCUGUUGGGUCAAGUUCCUCCUGAACCACCACCAGUACACAUGAAUCAUAUUAUGAAUGGGCAAAAGAAUGCUAGCAAACUUCCACCUAAUGUAAAACCUGAGAAAGUACCAUCUCCGAACAAACCCCAGCAAGUGUCGCCACCUGGAGAAAGGAGAAUGAAGAAUUCCACUGAAAAGUCUACUGUCAGGUCAUCAAAAAGAGGAGCUGCUGAUUUCCGUACAGAACAACCUAAACAAGAUCAGCAUUAUAAGAAGUUUCCACAUCCUAGCACGUUGUCUCAGGACAACAUUAAAUACCAUGAUAAUGCUGCUGCUAACCAAAACUCAAAUGCAACUUCUAGUGCAUCUAAGGAAAUCGCUCCGAAAUGGAAAGUACCUACAGAGUCUAAAAAUAAAGAGCUUCUUCUGAAACACAUGGGUGAAGCAAAACCAAACCCACCAGACUAUAAUGUUGCAGUCCAGGCUGAUCGCAAUUUAACUGCUAAGCACAGAAAUAGGGUUGCUGAUAUGGGAAAUAAACGUGGGUCAAACGCAUCUCAGUAUGACAAUGUUUCUGGAGGUGAGAAUGAAAAUGACAAUCAGGUUGAAAAUUCUAGGCAUUCGGCAGAUCUGGCCUCUCCAAGGAAUGCAAUGUACAUCAGCACCACUUCCUCACGGCAUCCUUCUAAAGGCUCUAGUCCAGCUAGGUUAAUUGAGAAUAAUUCAGGAAUCGGUAUGCAAACACAUUCUCUAGUACGUGCUCCACUAUAUCAGGGUACUAAUGACGGAUACAGUCAAAAGCAACCUCCACCACCAUAUUACGGCAGUCCUCCUCUUUAUAUAGAGAAUGCUAAAUCUUCAAUGAGCCGUCUGAACAGUGAACCUCAUUCACCAGUAAAUUGGGCUAGUCCAUCCAGUAAAUCUUAUGGGUAUAGCAUUGAUGUUCCUCCUGAUAAAAUGCCAGUCAAUUCAAACAUUAGACAAAACCCUGGUAUGUCACCCUCUAGUAGAAUUGAAGUCCUACCUGCAGAUGAAAAUGCCACUCUUCGUUUAGGCAAUUUUAACAAGAAAGAAAAACAAAAGUUUAUUCUUCCACCAGUAGACUAUGUUGCGGACCAUACGUUCUUCCCAGAUGUAUCCUUUCAGACAUUUGGACAGCCCUUAAACGCAGAAGCUUCAAGAAGUUAUUUGUCAAGUAUACAGAGAUUUCCAGACUCGCAGCAACCUGCAAGUCCACUCAACAGUUUUUCAUCUUUGUCGGUCAACAGUUCAGUAAGGCCAAGAACUUCUUCACAAGGUGAUCAUGGAAACCCACCACACUAUCUUCAUUCCAAAUCUGGAGUCAGUUCUCCGGCCUAUCGAAGUCGUCGUGACGGUUUAAUAAUGCACGAGUCUGUGAUGCUGUAAACGGCAAUCUCAGUCUGGUUGCCUGGAGACAGCCUAUUUUCUUUGUCUUUUGAAAGAACAGUUUAGACAUAAGUCUUUGGGUUGUGUUAGAGGAUCUAAAAUAGAAAAUCGUAGUAACACCAACAUGCAAGCUUUGUUAAAAUAUGCAUGGGUGUAAUGGUUUCUAGACUUUAGGUUCUACAGUCUAGAAUCCUUAAAAUGUAGCCUUUUUGUACAUACUAUUUUGAAAUAUUUAUUAAAACUCUAGCUACAGUACAUUAGUGCCUGAACCUAGCCUAAUCUGUUUGCUAUUGGUAAAAUAUUUUAGUUGUUUCAAGGUUUUUGAUACAUAAAUGUUAGAAAACUUCUAUGGAAAAAGUGUUUCAAUGUAAGAAUGUGGCUGGGAACAGGCUGAAAAUAUUUAUUGCACCAAUAGUGGCAUUCAAAGUAGUAACUGUAUGGAAUCUUACAGUUUUCUUUACCUCUAUUAAUACUUUUUUCAUUUCCUUCCUAUAUCUACACAGUACUAAUAUAUAAGGCAGGGCUCUAAACUAACCUUUCACUGUUUCUGAAGAAUAAUAUCAGAAUCGACCCCAUGCAUGAUACUGUAUGUGUAUUCUUACAUAUUUUUCAAUUUUACAUUUUUACUGGCUGCAUUCAGCAGUAGGCAGGCUAGACCUGCCUAUUAAAAUUCAGAUCUUUCUCUUUUCAGUCCUCUGCUUGAAAUUUAGAUAUUUGCUGGCCGAAAUUGAAUUGAUUUAAUUAUCUCUUUUGUCUUUUGUUAAUAUGGCAGCUGUGACAGUGCUGUAAAUAUGGGAGUAUUUUAUUUUCUGUAAAUUAGCCUGGUCUUCAGCUCAUUAUAGGAUGACAUGAUUUUUUGUAGAGUACUUUAAUGCACUUGUCAAACUUUCAGUGCUACAUGUUUCUGUAAUAGCUGCUAUAGAUUCUACCCAGGUUAUUUUAGAUUUAAUGGUGUGUCUUCCAACAGCUCUAGCCUUCUCAUGCCGUAAAAUUCUUUAUUGUAACCAUUUGGCAUUAUGCACUUUAGCGAUAUUGAUUUUGAAAGUGCUGUACCAGCUGUGAGAUGUAGGUGUUGAGUGCAUCCCAUGCAAAAACAAAAGCUAAUGCAAUAUGGUCAGAGCAUCUAAAUUAAAAUCACAACAUACCCAAAUGACUGCAGAUUGAGUGCAUUUCCCCUAACUCGUUUACACAUGACAAGCCUUUCAAAAUAAUGGGUUUAAUAUUUAGCUUUUAGUGAACGCUAGUGCUGAAAAGUAACAGGAACUAUUUGGAUCCAGUGCAGAUAUUGAAAACCUGUAGCAGCUCUAAAUGGGAGUGUUGCAUUGAUUCUAUGAAUUGGCAAGUAGGUAUUGUCCUCGAAUUGUGUUUCAAGGAAAAGAUAAACGCAUGCUUCUAGUAGCAGUGAAAGCCUUGCCUAGGCAACUGAUAACUAACAGGUUUCUGCAGCAUUCCUAUAAUACUGUGCAUGGUGCCUUCUUUACAGAUACCUCUGGUCCACUUCAAUAGACCAUAAUGUUCAGCACUGUGUGUAAUGCUUACUACUACAUCCCAGAUUACUGGCCUUGCGUGAUUUCUUACAGAUACCUUAUAGUUGCAGUGUUUAGAUGAGCUCUAUUGAGUUGAACUGCUAAGUGUGUAUCUGAGUAAUUCUUCCAAUAAUCACAAAAAUUUCAUUUUCUGUAUUUUCUAACAUCCUCCUUCAACAACAUAACACUUUCCAAAUGAUACUGAAUGGGUAAACAUUACACAAAGUGCUGUUUUUUUAUUCAUUCCCCUCCAUACUUUGAGUAAAACCUUUCCCCUCCUUCAAUAAUCAUGCACUCUCCUCCAGCAGCAUGUCUUUAACUAUGUGCCUUGGCUUUUAAUGGCUUAAUGUCUGCUGUUUUAUCAUUACACGAUCACACCUUUUAUGAACCGAUGCAUUGUGUGCUGAAAUGACACUAAUAGUUAAGAGAAGGCAAAUCAAUUCGAAUUGUCUGCUUUAUUUCCAAGUGCCAGUGUGAGUGGGUUUUAGCUACUUCUUGAUUGACACAUUUUUCAUUGAUUUUUCUCUUUCGUGCUCUUUUCCUCCUUUUUACUUUUCUAGAAAAAGUGUAAUUUUAGUCAUUUCAGCUUUCACAUAACAGCGUCACAAACCAAAGUAGCAAUGGCACUGCCUUGCUUAGCAGGGAAACCACACAAAACCUUAACUGCUUACAAGUGUUAAUAUUGCUUUUCAUAUUCAACAACAUAGCUUCACUUUUACCUCUUUCUGGCAAACUUGAUAUUAUAAAUUGGGGUAGAAAAUGGUAUGAGUUUUAUAAACUGUGAUUGUUUGCAUACAUUUUUGCUUCUAAUUGGGCAUGCGUCUAAUGUAUUCAUUGUGCCCCUUGGAAAAUAACCAGAUUUGGUUGUGCCAUAUGAGACCUACAGACAAAUGCUGUGACGAUUGACAAACAGGGACAUGGUUUAUUAUUUAGGCCAUAAACACAACAUAAGUAUUGGUGUCUGGAACAAUGAAAGUGAACAUAGGAUCUAAAAAGUUAGUUGCUUUUAGACUUGUCAUUGGGCAUAGUAUAUGCUUCAAAACAAUAGAAUAAAAAAGUGCUUGAUCAACCGCUAACCAACACAUAGGAUGCAGAGUAACAGGGCCAUUAUGAUUAGCAGCUCCCAUUGUGGACCUUGCUUUUGGUUAUGUGCUUAUAAAUGGCUUACCAAUUUAAAUGGCAUGUAAGGUCUUAAAGUGCUAUUAAGACUUUUUUUCAAUAACACACGUUAUACUUGCCUGCUCUGUGUAAUAGUUUUACAAAGAGCAGCCCUAUCCUCUUCUCAGGUGGCCCACUGGUACCCUGGGCUCCUUCCAUCUUUUAAGUGCCCCCAUAGCAAGCCGCUUGCUAUGGGGGAACUCUUGUGUGCCUGCUCCUGAGCCCCAGUCUGUGUCCAUAAUUUAAACAGAAUAGGACUCGGCAGCGGAUCCCUCCUCACUGGCUGUGAUUGACAGCCAAUGCCUUCCACUGCUGUCUCUGAGCCAGUGAGGAGGCAGAUAGCCGGGACAACUGUUUUUGUGCAUAUCGCUGGAUCAGGCUCCGAUAUUAGGGGGGCUGCAGAGCAGCUGCAUACUGAAGGUUUUUACCUUCAUGCAUGUGCAUGAAGGUAAAGAAAAAACCUUCAGGCUUUACAACCACUUUAAGCAACCCUGGCCCUUGCAUAUCUCUGUACUAUUAAGUUGACAAGGAGUACAUCUGUAGAUUAUAGCAAGGAUCAUAUUGUGCUAAGAAACCUUGACACUAGUGUGUGUAGUAUUCUCCAGUAUUAAGUGAGUACACCAGUAAACUGUAUUAGGGACCAACACUGUACAGGAAAAGCUUGAGGUUGGUGAGUGGCAUAGAUCUCUCUCUCUCUCUAUAUAUAUAUAUAUAUAUAUAUAGCAUAGUUUUAUUUGAAAGCUGACAUAGUUAAGUGCUGAGGUACAUUUGUAUUUUGCCAAAGGUUUAGGCAGGCAUAACAUAAACAAUGUUAAUUUACCAAAUUUUCUAUUUAACUGCCCUAAUUUACAGUGUCAGAUUUGUCAGAAAUUUGGUGUUAUGGGUCAGGUUGGAUUAUGAAACUUGUGUUUUUGAGUAACAUGGUACAAAUAAAAUAAGUAUGUAAAAAAUUCUACGUAGCUUUGCAGUAGUAAGGUCUACAAGAUGUGAUAUCUGUAUAUGGUGGGUUUUUAUUUUAAUCCUGAAAAUGAACGUGUUAACCAGUUAGCUGAACACUACACUGAAAAAAGUUACAGAAUUCUUUUUAUAAUCAUUUACCAGUUUGCUUUGUUGCUGACUGUUCCAAUUAAAAAAAGUGUGCUUAUUAUGUACAUAAAAUGGGACUGUUGUAAACAGUGUACAUGUACUAACUGCAGACCUGCGAUUCCUAAUAAAGCUGUGCAAUAUACUGUUUUGGGCCUUUAACACAGCUCUAAAAUAUGUAUCGGCAAUGUCAAAUAUUGUAGAUUGAAUGUAUAAAUAUAUACAUAAUAUUUUCAUAUGUCAUCUGCUACCGUUUUUAACUGUUCUUUCUAAUGUGACUGUAUUUUUUAACAUGUUUAAAAUGAACAUUAAUAAGUACAAAA